CUCCGUUAAAUUCUCAACGUUUAUAUAAUCACUGUAUCGCAUCGCACGUAAUUUAUCAUUCUUCGCCAUACUUCAGUUUUCCGAUUAACAAAAAUAACGUGAUUUUCCUGAUCAAUUUUAUAUCGUACACAACAUACGGUUAUUGAUAUACCAUUGAUUAAUCAAGUGAAAUAAUGUUCUGGUCAAAAAUUGACCUGGUAAAAAUAUCAAAAAUUCGCAUCGAGAGAAUAACGCAAGAUAUACGUACGCAACACGUGAAAAACUACUGAUAUUAUUACACACUACGAUAACCAAACGAUAACCAAACGAUAGCUACGCGUACACCUUUGACCUUUUAUGACAGAUUGCAUUAAUCUAUUAAAAUUCUACCGUUUAUCGGAACGCGAAAAAAUGUUUUACUCGUUUCUCCGAUAAAUCGCUGUCAGUUAUCUGUCAUUUUACUGGACACCGCCAUGUAGUAUGGUAUAUGCUCAGAGUAUAUAUAGAACAGUAGUCUUGGAUGGAGAUUCUUGGUUGGUCUACUGGUUAGAUCGAGCCUUGCGCCAUGGACUACGUAUAGAACGACAUGGAUAUUGGGGAACCGCUCGUGAACUUAGUCAUCAAGAUACCGUUGUAGUGAUACACGCUCUUCAAGGUGUCCUAACUUCCAUUGGGAAAGGUCGAGCAUGGCUUUACCACACGCUUAGCGAAGGCAGCUUUGAAAGUUAUUUAGCUUGUUUGUUACGAGAUACGAAAACAUUGAAAAAGCAGUACUUUCCACAUGCACUUGUACGAGAUGCAGAUAAGACCAACCAGUUAGUUAAUCUUCUUGCAGGUCUAGAGAAUGUAUCCUUCACGUUACAAUUGGAUGUAACAUAUCUGGACACUUGUAAUUAUAUGCCUCAGCGGCCUAUGAGCGUAAACUCUUCUGGAACCAUUUUAUCGUUACAUCUUAGAUCGUCCAGCGUAUCUUCGAGUCUAGCUUCUCCCGGUGACAGUGGAGUUGCUUUUGACAGCGAUAUGGAUCUUGCGAAUGAGACCGACGCCAGCAGUUACAAAGAGGAAGAUUUUAAUUUGGAAGAAAUUCCGAAGUACCGAAACAACAGGUACAAGACAAUGAUAAAUAAUCGUAUGGAGGACAAUAAGAACUUUAGCUCCAGUGAUUCCAGCGAGGACGGAAAAACGCCGACACAGUCACCUGGAUUGGUCAAUAAAUUUCAAACUGCAACAGUGACGAAGAGCGAUAUAGCCAAUCAAAACUUAACUAGGGAACUUGACGAUAACGAGCUUAAUUGUUCCAGUCUGGACACUCUGAAGGAUUAUGAUUUUUAUAGCAAGAGUCUAGACGAAUCCAAGUUAGAUAAAACAACAAAUAAUAAAAUUGACAAUGGGGUCAAGGAGAUAAAUAAAAGGAGCACUUACUACAGCGACGGUAGUUACAGUUUCAAGAGAAACCUUGAUCCCCGAAAUUCGUAUGUGAUCAAUAACGACACGAACCUCUUAGAGCUUAGUAUGACCAUUUCCGAUUGCGAGAAUAUGGAAGCACCCUACGGUAUUCUGAAUACCAUCAACAUGGCGGACGCUAGUAUUUUAUCCUCUUCCAGCUCGGAAGCUCUGGUGCAACGUAGACAGCGCAAGAAGAAACGCGGAGAAAGUAAGAAACGCGUCAGCUUCCACGAAGAUAUUCUGAAGACCAUGAAGCUGGAGGACGAUGAGAACUACGCCGACUUUUCCAUGAGCUUUCUGACACCUAGCUCGGUUCAGAAGAAGAACGCGCAGAAAGGAAGAUACAGCUGGUGCGGCCACGGUGAUUCGCCGUACGUCCAGAAAACCGUCAACAGCAGAAACGCGCAUUCCGACUAUUAUUCGUACUCUUCGUCGUCGAGUGUUUUCGACAGCGACAACGAGAAAAAGAUGUCGGGCAAAACGUGCGCGGAGUCGUUGUGCCAGAGCCACUGUAAGUGCGCUUGCGGAUUGUCGAUCUCGGAGCGCGGUGUACCGGAAGGUCAAGAGGACCCUGGGAAGUCGUUAUUACCGAAGAUGGAGAUCGAACUGGAGGAUAACGAAGCGCAGGAGGCGUACAUAGUGGAGAAAGCCUACGGGAAUAUAGUCGAGGAUCCUCCGUCGAAAGUUCAAAUGCCUUAUUCUUCUAACUCAAAAAAGUAUCCUUCUUCCAGCGAUUGGUCCCAUGUAGAUAGCGUCGUCACGUCCGAUUCGGAUGAGCGUCGGAACAGUAGGCACUUAGCUUCGCCCUCGAAGAAACGUAACAUGACCUCUAUAUUAACCGGAGAAAGUAGUAAUAAAUUAGCGCCCCCGCCUUUGAGGCAAGCCUCGUCGAAAACUUCGUUGCUGAAUAGAUUCUUGAAGUCCAUCACCGAAAGGAAAUUCGAGAUAAAGAGGAGCAAAAAGUCACCGAAAGCUAACCCGUUGUACAUCAAAGGCGUGAAAACCAGCUACGAUUCGUUCAAGGAUUUCAACGAUAAUCUCGACCGAGAGAUACAAGAGAACGUGGCGGCGGAGAAGCAGGAGUUCAGCGGAGAGAAAGUCAGCCUGAAGCUGCGGGAGCUCUUCAAGAAGCACAUUUACCGAGACAAGACCGAGGAACUGUACAAAGUGUACAAGGUUCGGAGCUCGUACAUGACGAAUGGCGAUAAUAAACCGAUGAUCGCUUUACUCACCGACAAAACAUUGUACUUGACCGGUUCGAAGCCGGACCAUACUUACAGCAAUCAGUUCGUUAUUCCUUAUAACGAAUUAGACGUGAUUAUGAUCGGGCCAAAUGCACAAACGAUAUUGUUGUCCAAUGCCGAUUACGAGAUGCAGUAUCUGUUCUCCACGGGAAGCUCUCAGACCACGUCGGAACUGAUAGCCUAUUUGGAGAUGGCUAUGAGAAGGUCUCCGAUGAAACCCCGGCUCCCGGCAGUCAAAGAAUUGAGUUACGAGGACAUGCACAUUUUGAGACACUCGAUACUCUGCGACACUGCUGUGCAUCCGGAUGAGAAAAUAGAACAUUACAAUCUGAUAUACAUGGAGGACGAAUACAUGUCACCUCCGAGCACACCUUGCGGACCGACGAAGGAAGGCGAUCUGAUGUACAGACCGCACACGUACCAGCAGCUUCAUCCCAACGCGCCGACCAAUCCGUGGGAAGCUGGCUACUUUGUUCUUAAAGGUGGCGUCGUUUACAUGUUCACGGACGCGAAUCAACGGCUUCCCAAACGAGCGAUUCCAUUGAAGGGUGGUCUCUGUCAAGGGUGUCGAAGAAUCCCGAAUUCCCAUCGACCGCACACCUUCGAAAUCCUCCUGAAACCGAACAAAGCCUUCCAAUUUGCUGCCCCAGACGAAUACGUCGCUUCCGAGUGGCUGCAAAGUUUUGUUCAGAGCGCGUCGGGAUUGUUCGACGCGUCGGAGAAACGAGAACCAAUGCCGUGUAGCCUUAUCACGACUACCAAACACUUGGUUGCUAUGAAAGAAGUAUUUCCUGGUAAGCAACGCGGACAAACCCUCUCCUGUGCCUCUGUCGAAGACCUUACAGCCUUCAGAGUACCUGUGACGCAACAAUCUUGGUGUAUACUGGAGUUCUCGUGUCGAGAAGUUCACGAAAGCAGCGGCGAUUGGGUGAUAUAUUUCACAAACUAUACGGAAUUGUGCACCUUCAGGGAAAUUUUGGAAACGCUGUGGGCCGACGCGAGUUUGGGAGAGUUUCCUAUGGUAACGCUUCCACCAGAAGACAAACUCCACCGGCGUUGCUCGGAUGCUAGUAAAGAGCUAGAACUUGCAUGGCGAUAUUUACUACCCUUGGAAAUUGAUUAAUUAUCGUUAAGGUGUAUUAAUAGACAAUAGUUACGGCAUCGUCAUAUUCAGUAAUAGAAAGAGAUGAGACAUAAAUGUUGGCGCUCCGGUUCUCGGAAGCACCGGUAUAUAGCGAUACAAUAAAACAACUGCAACGGCUAAAGUAAUUCAUUAAGCAUCGAUGCGACGAAUGUUCAGCUACCCUUGAGAUCGAUCUCAUGUUCCUCCGUAUCAGUAAGGAGUGGUGAACGCGCGAGAAUUAUACACAAAUACAGAUAUUUAGCAGUACCUCUAAUAUCGAUGUGCUAAUCCACUAAAAAGGUGCAAUAUCUUUUUAAUAACGUAAACAACCUUGGUAAUAUAUCGUUGACGCUGGAUUGUAAUAUAACGGUGAGCGAGUAAGAUCAUUGUACCGGUUAUAUGGAUGUCUAUAUUAUUCACAUAUAUAAGAAGAAUUAAUCCGCAAUCGAGAAUGCACCAUUGAUAUCGAGUGAUUUAUUCUGAGAAGAAAAAAAAAAGAUUCUAAUAAACUGGCAGCAAGGUAUAGAGCAGCUUUGACAAGAAAAGAAUAUUCUAUAUAUUGCUUUCGAAAUAAUUGUGCGACGUAUAGUUAACAUUCCUUAUAGCAUAAUACCGAUGAUAAUACUAAUUAUAAAUCGACGACAUAGCUUUCUAACUUUAUUUUUAAUCUCUUUCUUUCUAUAAGCGUAUGCUCUCUCGCUUUAAAAUUAUCAAUUUUAGUUAUAAUAAUAUUGAUAAUGAUGAUGAUGAUGAUAAUAAUAAUAUAUAUAUAUGUAUAUAUAUUAUUUUCGACUGAAAAUAAUUAAAUAUAUAUAUAUUGUUCUCAAUUGUACAGAUAUGAAAUCAAUUAAUUGCGGAAUAUAAUUAUAUCAUAUCUUAAGGUGCUUUUAUUUAAUAAUUCGAUAUAUUGAAAAAUGUUGAAGUGUAUCAAGAAAUCUUAACGCAGGAUAGUUUUAUUACGGUAAACGAAAUUUUUAUUCUUUUUAAAUAUCAAUUGUACGUUUCCAGGUGAAAAAGAAAAAAAGCGAUUUCAUGCACCAAAGAGAUUUCGUUUUUCGCGUGAAUUAAUUUGUACGGUUCAAAUGAAUCUGUAUGUCCUUUUUUUAAGAUUAUAUUUUGCGUUACCAGUACUACAUGAUUCGAUGCAGUUUGUAAAUCACUGUGAAUAAAACUGCAAUAUCGUAUGCAUCGUUCUAUGUAGUUAUGUCUAAUUGUGAUAAAGCAUUUAUACGUUAAAAUAUCAAAUUAACAACACUUACUAAUUUGCGUAGUUGUAACAUGAGAUUUGUGUGACUUGUUGUUACACGAUAAAAAGAAAAAUGAAAAACAUAAUCAGUUUCUUGUGUUAGUUUCUAGCGGGCUUAAAAAUGGAAUUUUUGCACAAUGUUGGCA